AUGGCGACAGUGAACACAGAUGCUGCAGAUAAAGAUACAACCAGGUUUAAAAUCAUCUUCACCUUGGUGGUCUCUGGAAUAGAGUGCAUCAUUGGCAUUGCUGGGAAUGGCUUUAUCACGGCCAUCCAUGGGGCCGAGUGGGUCAGAGGCAAAAGACUCCCCAUUGGAGACUGCAUUCUAUUGAUGCUCAGCUUCUCCAGGCUCUUGCUACAAAUUUGGAUGAUGCUAGAGGAUAUGUACAGUCUACUAUUCCAGGUCAUCUAUAAGCAAGAAAGAGUGUAUACACUUUUCAAAGCCACCAUCAUGUUUCUGAACUAUUCCAACCUCUGGCUUGCUGCCUGGCUCAAUAUCUUCUAUUGUCUUAGAAUUGCAAACUUUACUCACCCUUUGUUCUCCAUGAUGAAGAGGAAGAUCAUGGUGCUGAUGCCGUGGCUUGUAAGACUGUCGUUGUUCAUCUCCUUAUGCUCCAGCUUUCCCUUCUCGGAAGAUAUCUUCAAUGUGUAUGUGAAUAAUUCCGUUCCUAUCCCCUCCUCCAACUUCACAGAGAAGAUGUACUUCUCUGAGACCAACAUGGUCAACUUGGCUGUCACCCUUUACCUGGGGGUCUUCGUUCCUCUGAUCAUGUUCAUCCUAGCAGCCACCCUGCUGAUCAUCUCUCUCAAGAGACACACCCUACACAUGGAAAGCAAUGCCACUGGCUUCAGGGACCCCAGCAUGGAGGCUCACAUGGGGGCCAUCAAAGCUAUCAGCUAUUUUCUCAUUUCCUACAUUUUCAAUGCAGUUGCUCUAUUUCUUUCCAUGUCCAACAUCUUUGAUGCCAACAGUUUCUGGAAUAUUUUGUGCAAAAUCAUCAUGGCUGCCUACCCAGCCGGCCACUCAGUGCUACUGAUCUUGGGCAACCCUGGGCUGAAAAGAGCAUGGAAGCGCUUUCGGCACCAAGUUCAUCUUUACCCAUAA